CAGUCAGAGGAUGGGCCUAGACCCAAAGCUUUCACUGGGGGGAUGGGGAAGGGGGAGGUAAAACAGGGCUCAGGCUCUGGAAGCUCGAAGGAUCUGCAGGGCCCCGUUGAGAGUGCUAAUGUAGCAGAUGGAGCUGGAGUCAUGACAUGGGUGGUGGGUCUUCACCUAAGAGUCUGUGGCUGGGCGUUUCCAAGGUGAAGAACCUCUUGGUAUCAGACAGGAUUCCGUGGACCUGUGUAUUGAUCCAGCGAGGUCCCUGGAUGCAAUCGGUGUGGCUUCCUAGGUCACCAGGACUCUCUGUGGAAGCACCAAGGCAUUCGGCGGAUAGGGAAGAGUGGGGGAGGGGAGGAAAGGGUGGAGGCGGGUGGGGCCCUCAGGGGCCAGAGAGGGCUGUACAGUGGGGUUACAGGCCAGGCUGCUGGCAGACUGGGUUUGCAAGGACACAUCGGGCACUCUUCCGCCUCAUCUGACUGUCCCAGCAUCCUCAAAGAGAGUGGGGACCACCCGGGACCGGGCGGCAUCACCAACUUCUCAGGGCCGGAGGGCCAGGGUACCCCGGAACGGCCCUCGGCCGCCUCCUCGUGCUCACUUCCCUAGCUCGCUCGUUCGCUCUCUCUCUCCUGCUAGCUCGCUCGGGCCCCAGCCCCCGCCCUCCGCUCGCUCGCCGCCCGCGGCUCCUCCUCACUCGUCCGUCGCCCGCGCCCGGUGCAGCUCGGCCAGAGCCACGGCGGGCUGCGUGUCCGCCAGGAGCCGCUGCCCUGAUCCUACUGCCCGGAUCCCUCUGCCUGGAUCCCUCUGCCUGAAUCCCGCUGCACCAAUCCCUCUGUCUGGACCUCGCUCUGGGGUCCGGCUGCUCAGAGCCUUCGGUCCAGAUCUCUCCCUCUCCCUGGACCGCACUGCCUGAUUCCGGCUGCCCGAUCCUUCUGCCUUGAUCCCACCGCACGGAUCCCUCUGCCUGGACCCGCCACACGGAUCUCUCUGUGCCGACCCCGGCUCCGUAGCUACAAUGACUGUGGCACGGCCACAAGCCGCGGGACCCGACAGGAUCUCUCUGCUCCUGGUCGCCUUGCUUCUGGGGAGCCCCGUGGCAGCUCGGGCGGAAGAUGGUGGUCCAGAGGGAGACAUGCACCCUUCCACUGCCUACCUCCUGCCCUCUGCCUUGCUGGAGGGCAGCCUGGAAGAGGGGGUGACAUCAGCAGCCCCAGGUCCCCUGCCAUCCCGGGAAGCACUGGAAGCACUAGAAGGGUCCUUGCCCCCUCUGUUCCCCGAUGAGGCCAGCGUCCAGCAUACCCCAGCCCUAAGGAAGGCUCUGCCGUCCCUGAAGCAACUCAACUCAGCCCGGAGGCAGUUGAGGCCCCUGGCUACCCCGACAACUCUGCAGAGACUGGGAUCCCCUUCCUCCGCUACCACGAAGUCACGUGAGCCUGGAGACCCGGAGCAGCCUACAGCGCCUGCGCCACUGCAGAUCGCACCCUUCACCGCUCUGGCGACUACACUUCCACACAGCCCGCAGCCCGCGCAGGCCCCCGAUGACAGCAGCCUCAGUAGCCCGCUGGACAAGGGUGACAAUGAGCUGACCGGGUCUGCCUCUGAGGAGAGCCAGGAGACCACCACAUCCACCAUCGUCACCACCACCAUCAUCACCACGGAGCAGGCCCCAGCUCUCUGCGGUGUGAGCUUCUCCGACCCCGAGGGAUACAUUGACUCAAGUGAUUUCCCUCCUCAGCCCUCCAGCAGCUUCCUGGAAUGCACCUACAAUGUGACUGUCUACACUGGCUACGGGGUAGAACUGCAGGUGAAGAGUGUCAACCUAUCUGAGGGGGAGCUGCUCUCCAUCCGAGGAGUGGACGGCCCCACCCUGACAGUCCUGGCCAACCAGACUCUCCUGGUGGAGGGCCAGGUGAUCCGAAGCCCCACCAACACCAUCUCUGUCUACUUCCGGACCUUCCAGGAUGACAACCUUGGGACCUUCCAGCUACAUUACCAAGCUUUCAUGCUGAGCUGCAACUUUCCCCGACGGCCCGAUGCUGGAGACGUCACAGUGAUGGAUCUGCACUCUGGCGGGGUGGCCCACUUCCACUGCCACCUGGGCUACGAGCUGCAGGGAGCCAAGACACUGACCUGCAUCAAUGCCUCCAAACCGCACUGGAGCAGCCAGGAGCCUGUCUGCUCAGCCCCGUGUGGAGGAGCAGUGCACAAUGCCACCAUCGGCCGAGUUCUGUCCCCCAGUUACCCGGGAAACACCAAUGGCAGCCAGCUCUGUGUGUGGACCAUCGAGGCUCCAGAGGGCCAGAAGCUUCACUUGCAUCUUGAAAGGCUACUGCUGCAUGAGAAAGACAGGAUGGUUGUCUACAGUGGACGGACAAACACGUCGGCCCUCCUGUACGACUCACUCCGAACAGAGAGCGUGCCCUUCGAGGGCCUGCUGAGCGAGGGUAGCAAUAUCCGCAUCGAGUUCACCUCUGACCAGGGCCAGGCAGCCUCCGCCUUCAACAUUCGCUUUGAGGCCUUUGAGAAAGGUCACUGCUACGAACCCUACAUCCAAAAUGGGAAUUUCACCACAUCGGACCCCACCUAUAACAUCGGUACCAUUGUGGAGUUCACCUGCGACCCCGGCCACUCUCUGGAACAGGGCCCAGCUGUCAUUGAGUGCGUGAAUGUGCGGGACCCAUACUGGAAUGACACGGAGCCUCUAUGCAGAGCCAUGUGUGGUGGGGAGCUCUCUGCUGUGGCUGGGGUGGUGCUGUCUCCAAACUGGCCAGAGCCCUAUGCAGAAGGUGAAGACUGUGUGUGGAAAAUCCACGUUGGGGAGGAGAAGCGGAUCUUCCUGGACAUUCAGUUCCUGAAUCUGAGCAACAGCGACAUCCUGACCAUCUAUGACGGAGAUGAGGUUGUGCCCCACGUCCUGGGCCAAUACUUUGGCAACAGCAGCCCUCAGAAGCUGUACUCCUCCACGCCGGACCUCACCAUCCAGUUCCACUCGGAUCCUGCUGGCCUCAUCUUUGGCAAGGGCCAGGGAUUUAUCAUGAACUAUAUAGAGGUGUCACGGAACGACUCCUGCUCAGACUUGCCUGAAAUUCAGAAUGGCUGGAAAACCACUUCCCACACGGAGCUGGUCAGGGGAGCCCGGAUCACAUACCAGUGCGACCCUGGCUACGACAUCGUGGGGAGCGACACCCUCACCUGCCAGUGGGACCUCAGCUGGAGCAGCGACCCCCCGUUUUGUGAAAAGAUUAUGUACUGUACUGACCCCGGGGAGGUAGAGCACUCCACCCGCCUCAUCUCAGACCCUGUGCUGCUAGUGGGCACCACCAUCCAGUACACCUGUAGCCCUGGGUUUGUGCUUGAAGGGAGCUCUCUUCUCACCUGCUACAGCCGCGAGACAGGAACUCCCAUCUGGACGUCUCGCCUGCCCCACUGUGUCUCCGAGGAGUCCCUGGCGUGUGACAACCCAGGGCUGCCUGAGAACGGAUACCAGAUCCUGUAUAAGCGGUUGUACCUGCCUGGAGAGUCCCUCACGUUCAUGUGCUACGAGGGCUUCGAGCUCAUGGGCGAAGUGACCAUCCGGUGCAUUCUGGGACAGCCGUCCCAUUGGAGCGGGCCCCUGCCCAUCUGUAAAGUUAACCAAGACAGUUUCGAACAUGCGUUGGAAGUAGCAGAAGCAGCAGCAGAGUCCUCACUGGAAGGCGGGAACAUGGCCCUAGCCAUCUUCAUUCCGGUCCUUCUCAUCUCCUUGCUACUGGGAGGAGCCUACAUCUAUGUCACGAGGUGCCGACAAUAUUCCAGCCUCCGCCUGCCCCUCAUGUACUCCCACCCCUACAGCCAGAUCACUGUGGAAACUGAGUUCGACAACCCUAUCUAUGAGACUGGGGAAACGAGAGAGUACGAAGUUUCCAUCUAACAAGAGCUGCCCCAGAAAGGGGGGGAACUUUAGAGACAGACAUACAUACGGACGUGAACUGUCAGGACCUCCUCGGACAUUCAUCAGAGACCCUGUGGCAUUGGGUUGCAGCCCAGCGUGGCCGCCAUCUUUCCGCUACACUGUUUCUUCGCUGUACUUAACUAUAUUUAAAAAUUGAAGGCAUUGACACCGGUGAGUUUGGUACAUUGCGGCUGCAGCUAAGGUCACACGAAAGCCUCCAUUCCCAAGGCAAGCAGAGUGACGAACAGCAGGUCAAGUUGGGUCAGCCGUGCCAGGCUUGGGCUGCACUGUCCUGCAUGGUCUUCAACCACAUACCACAGCGUUCUCGGGACAGAUGGAAGCCCUGGGGUUGUCGGAGUGUGUCUUGUAGGGUUGCCUUGGAGUGGAAUUUAGCCCGAGUACUUAGCCCGUAUUUCCCCCUCCAAAACAAAUUCUGUGUCCUGUUUUCCGAUUUAAAACUCCUCUACAAGGUCUUAGCCCAUCUUCUUCCCAUGGCCUUCCGAAGGUAGCAGAGAUUCUCCCAGAAUUCCCUGGGUCCAAGAUGAGCAGGCAGACCCUUUCUUAAAAGAUGAUUAGGCCCAAAGCACCAUCAGGGAAGAGGCACAGGGGCCCUGGGGAAGGGGACUUCAAAGAGGGAUGGAUACCAGAUGAGUACUGGAGCCCACCACAGCUGGCAUGGUCAUUCUGAGGCUAGGGUCAUAAAUCCACAGGCAGCUUGGACUACAGAGUCCCCAGGUCUGCAGGGGGGAGGGAGGGAUAUGCCUUGACCUGAAAGCCAAGGGUCUGCUCCGAUUGUCACCUGGGCUCCUAGAUAGGGUUAGGAUAAGACAGCACAAAGUCCAGCCUGAACCACAGUGAAAACAAAACGUUUCCAAACAGCAGACCCUCCCAGCCUUCAGCCACUGCUCUGUUAGCCUUCGUUAGAGAUUGUGGCUCUCCAAAAGACUAUUUUCUAAGUACAGUCAUAAAGAAAGGUGUCAGGGUUAUGUGCUGGAGGAGACAACAGGCAUAGGGGGAUGAUCACUUGAGGGCUAUGUCUUGACCAGGGGGUGCUCUGCAGCCAGACAUGGCCAUUCAGCCUGGAGGAUCCUCCCUGUGUUCUCCUGUGCUGUCUGGGGUGGUUGCAUUAAAUGCCUGGGUUUCAAAGAAGAGAAAGCUCUCUCUGGAUGCAGGGCUAUAGGAAGUGCCUCUUCUCAGCCCUCAUCCUAGCAAGGAUGGACCCAUCUCCCUCCAGGUAUGUGUCUGACCACUGUGGCUGGAGUUGUGGCAGGGGGCGUUCUGGUCACCCAGCUAAUCUACCCACAGAGGAACCAGAGGAGAAACUGUACAGGCUCUAGGGAGCAGGGGCCCCUUGUGGAAAGACCUACUAUGAGUCAUGUGGCCUUUCUCCCAGAGGCAGAACUUAUUCAAGAUGCUUCCAACCCCAGCCCCGGGUCACCUGGGAAUUCUGUCUGUGCCGUUUGAUAUUAGUCCACUGUAUGCUCCCGUGGAAACUAAGCACUUGCCUUCUAUAAAGGCUGACCGUGUGUCACCCUUCUAACCCUGCUCCCUAAAGCUGACCAAGUCAUCUCUUGACUAUUGGGGGUGGGGGGAGGGUAAAAUGUUGAUUUUUUUUUUUAAGCAGGAGACCAAUGUCUCAGUUCUGACUUAGUGGUACAGUCGGUGUGGCCAUGUUUUAAAAUGUUGUUCUAGCCUAGAGGUGGAUCACAAGAGCUUACAAUGUACAAUGACUGAAAGAACAUGCUGAUGUCUUUGUUUUGACUUGUUUUUUUAAAUACCUGUGUAUUUGUAAUAUGUAAAGGUUUGAUUUAAAAAAAAAAUGUUACCAGUGACGAAGUACCAGAUGCCAGUCCCAAGGCAUUUCAUGACGGCCCAUUCCUGUCUGUUUUUAUAAGAUGGAAAUUUGAACCCAUUGGGAUUAAAUAUUUUUCGAACGGGAUACACUCGUGAGCCCUCCCACAAGCACCUCCCUGUUCUGACGUCAGUGGGGACACGUGUCUCGGAAUGUGCGCAUCCUUCGCACUGAUUGGCACAGGCAGCACUGUCAACACGCACAGCUCCUCCCCCUUCUGCUCAGAGCUCAUCUUCCCCCUUUAGCUUGCCUUUUGGUAGACUCAUUUUGCCAGCAUAAGCAUUCUGACCUCUGCCUGGGGGGUUGGGAGGGCCAUCUUUCCAAGUGAUCACACCCCGAGCCUUUGAAGACAGCUCUUUGGAGAACUCACAGACCUCAGGGGACAACUCUGGAAAUCCACACACAGCCCUGGAGAAGGAGAAAGGUUAGAGCCUGAUUUGGCACCAUGGGGACUCCGAUGAACCAAUGGGUAGCUUCAGGAACCAUAGGCAAAGUGACCUCUUCCUUUGGUGGUGACCUUCCUGCAUCUUUGAUGAGGCCCGGUGAGAUGGCACUCCAGGCCCGGUCUUGUGCGGCACUCGGCACCCACAAAGACAGGCGUCUUCUCGGAUGCUUGCUCUUUCAUUUAUCAUCAAAGAGAAUUUAAAGAAAAAAAGGCAAACUUUCUAAGCUAGGAAAAAAAAACCGAAAUGAAAUCAUUUUCCACUUUGUAUAUAUUGCUCUUAAUAAAACAGUUGUAAAAGAA